GUUUGCGCGCGCGGUUGUCGGAACGUGUCCCGAAAAAAGUCGAAAGACCGAGACAUCAAAUCUAUUCAGGCUUUGACAACGCUUUUCCUUCGGUCUAAAGGACCGUCAAGCACAGUUUAAAAAGUGAAAAACGUGUUGAGAUCUUUGCCUAGGAAAAAACAUACGUUUGAUCUCUAGCUUUGAACUUUGUAGAAAAAGGAAGGAGAUUUUCGCAGCGGAAAAUAGGUCACAGUCAACCUAACCAACCUGUUUGGGAGAUUUUCCCAAGCUUAUAAAGAUUAUCACUCAUCACUUCAGCCAACGAUGGAGCUGAAGAACGUGUUAAGUCGCCACAGCCACCUGCUCCUCCUUCUGCUACUGCCACUUGUCAACUUAUGUCCAAAUGCAUUGGGGCUUAGUCGACAGGCGGAUGCUGGCCAAGAUUUGGAUAUGGCAGCACAGCUGGCGGAUGCUGAUGCAGAAGCAAGGCCGGACUACGAUGCCGAUUCCCCGGACACGCCGCACAUACGAAAGAAGCGUCUUAUAUGGAUUACGGAUGAUGGUAGAUUGGCCCUGCCGCCAGGCACUUCGCUUACAUUUGUGCCAACCAUAGCAAUGCCCCUAGUUCGACACCCGCCCGAGGGAUUCUUCUCCAACCUGACUAUCAGCUUUCCCGUCACCAUUGACUUUGACAAACUGGGUCUGACGGACAACCAAAAUCCUUUGGGGGAUCUACCGCCGUUAUUCGCCCGGUCUUUUGGUCACGAGGCGGGUCACAUGGUGGGUGAAUAUGUGGCAAGAUAUCUGCAUGUACAGCGCAGGAAGAGGGAUCUCAGUGAACAGCGCAGCAGGAGCGACGAAGAUCAGCCUUUUAAGGUGCACGAAGAGGGACCAAAGUUUCCCGAACUGCCUUCCGGAUUGCAGCAUAUUUUCCAUGGAGGAGAGAGGGUUUUGCUAUACGGCGUAGUGGAAGACUUUCUGUCCACCUUUGGAAUGGACGGAAAGGCCUGCUUACUAAGAACCAUCUGCGAGAUGCACUCCCGAAGUCUAGAAAAGUUUGGGGUCUUUGGAGAAAUGACAAAACUAUUUUUAACGGUGACAAAAUCCCCAUUUUCUGAUCUGGUGCCCGACUACGUUCAAGCUCAGGAAGUGGGGGAGGGCAAGCAGGCUCCAGGAGAAUGCUUUCCUUACUUCAAGGCUUGUCCGAAGAGUAUAUUCAAAGCCUUGUCUAGCAAAUAUACCAAACCAUCUCCUGCUACCCAGACGAAAAAGACAAAACCUACGGACAGACCCGUGGGAGAGUAUCACGAAGAGCAGGUGGUUCAGCUGCCCACCUCUCGAGAUCGGAACAACGAUGUGUACAUGUAGAACCAUAUUCUCCUCCCUUGCGAACUCCCAUUGUUGACCUCUUUUAGUUUUUAGUGUUAUGAUUGUAUUGAGCGCGCCCUCAAAGUCACUUGCUUGUAAUUAAUGUGUACUAAUUAAUUUAUUAUUAUUUAUUUUAUUUACGCAUUGUAUUUAUUGUUAGUCGUAGGCGUUGUUAACUGCUUAGAUUCAUAUCUCUGUUUGUGUAAAUAAUUGCAAUUGUGGCAUAAUCCCUUUCAACCAACCUUGUUGAACAAAUAGAAAAUUGGUUCCCAAUAAAAAUGAUUUUAAUGUAAAUACGUUUUA